AUGCAGGUUACUCCAAACUCUGUAAGAUUGGUCAACUCUACAUCUAGAGAUCUGAAAGACGAGUGGUUUGCUCCAGAUAGCUGCUCGUUGACUAUUGCAACUGCUAACGCCACUCAGGUCCUGUUGGCUACUAAUGUUGGCGAUCUGGUAUGCCUAAAAAUUGGUGAUGGGUUUUUGGAGGAAAUAAAAAGUGUUAAGUCGGGUUGUUGUGUCUCGUGCCCGGACAUAAACCCAAUUGAUGACAAAGCAAACUCUAGUAGUUUUGCAGCAGUUAGAAUGUGGGAAGACAGAAGUGUCGACAUAUAUUCACUUCCCGGGUUGGAUCUCAUUAAAAUGGAAAAGUUAGGAGGGGAGAUAAUUCCUCGUUCUGUUCUAAUGUGUUCCUUCGAAAGGAAAUCUUAUUUGCUAUGUGCCUUGGGAGAUGGUCAUCUCUUGCAUUUUGGAUUGAACAUGACUACUGGUGAGCUGACAGACAGGAAAGAACUGUCUCUUGGGACCCAACCCAUAACACUUCGUACAUUCUCAUCUAAAGAAGCUACGCGUGUCUUUGCUGCCUCCAAUAGACCCAUAGUUAUAUGGAGCUGUAAUGAGAAGUUACUUUAUUGCGAAGUAAAUCUUAAAGACAUUAUCCAUAUGUGCCCAUUCAAUGUUGAAGCUUUUCCAAAAGGUCUUGCAAUCGUUAAAGAAGGUCGGUUAGCAAUUUGCACUAUUGAUGAAAGACAAAAGCUUCACAGCCACUCAAUACCCCUUUUGGGGGAGCAUCCACUCCGCAUCAGCCAUCAAGAGCAAUCGCAGACUUUUGCUAUAUGCAGCGUGAAGUAUAAAAAUGGAGAUGACUCUGGCAGGCUUGUCCGCCUAUUAGAUAACAACAAAUUAUAA